AUGGUUGAAUCAAAAUCUAAGAAGUUUAAGUUUGGUAAAUUGUUUGGACGACUGAGUAGUAGCUUAGCCCAUAUCCAUGAAGAACAGCUAUCAAUAAUCAAAUCAAACCCUGAGACUGCCGCAGCAGUAGAUUCUAUAGAACUACCCAAAGCAACAGCAAUAACCCCAUCGGCAUCAACAACUGCGGUUCAUAAAUCUAUUGAAAACACUGCACACCGAUCGACUAAUAAGCAGUCUAAUUCAGGGCCGUUUAUGGAAAAGCCAUAUAUAUCAUCUCCUGCCUCAGCGUCAUUAUCGUCAUCGUCAGCAUCCUUCCAAGACCUUGUUAGAAACUCACGGCCGCUGUCACCACCAGCUUUGUUGUUGAACGAAGAAGUGUUAUCAACUAAAUUAAUGACAAUUCAUUCCGUAACUCCUCCAAACGGGGGGUCUCCCACUACCACAUCUCCAAUACUGCUAUCAUCAGUCGAGCAAAAGCUAAGAAACCACUCUGCGAUGACACAGACGAAUGUCCAACAUGUAUCAAACCUUAACCAACUGCUCCACCAACCUCGUUCAGGCACAGCCUCAUCAGUCUCAAUUAGCAAUGGCUACAAACUGGAAAAGAGAUCCAGACCUUCUCCAUCAGUUUCAAGAUCUGCCUCUCAGAAACGGUCAGUAACAGGCUCUAACGUUUCAUUGUCCAGUGCUUCUCCCGCCCCUCAAAAGCCUAGAUUUUAUAUGUUGGAAAAUGGGGACCAUGAACACAAUUUGAGAUCGGCCAAAAGACAAGAAAAGUUAUCCAAUAUGUUAAAAGACUUGUUAGGAGCAAAAAGGCUACGUGAUGAAGCAAAGUCUGCAGUUCCCGAUAUUUUACAAAGCACCACUCCAUCUGCGACGAAUACUCAGCAACUGAAACCACCCACCCUAUUUGCAGGAUUAGUUAAUCGAGUUAAAAAUAAUCCGAACUACUCCAAUGAGUUAAUAGCGAAUGGUGCACAUGGACCGGAUUAUCGUUCGUUUGUGGAAAAGUAUGGACGGUGUCAAGAGGUGAUUGGGAGAGGUGCUUUUGGUGUUGUUCGAGUCUCUCACAAGAAAUUAGAUGGUCCAUCAAAUGAGGAAACAUUAUUUGCGGUAAAGGAAUUUAAGCGUAAGCCAAAUGAAAAUGAGAAAAAAUACAACAGGAGACUAACUUCGGAAUUUUGUAUUUCAUCUUCUUUAAAGCAUAUAAAUAUCAUAAACACCUUAGACUUGUUGAAAGAUGCAAAGGGAGAUUUUUGUGAAGUUAUGGAAUUCUGCACUGGAGGCGAUUUAUACACUUUAAUUAUUGCCCAAGGGAAAUUGGAAUAUGCUGAAGCAGAUUGUUUUUUUAAGCAACUAAUUAAAGGUGUCAACUAUAUGCAUGAUAUGGGUGUUGCCCACCGUGACUUAAAACCAGAAAAUCUAUUAUUAACUCAGAAUGGUAUUUUAAAGAUUACUGAUUUUGGUAAUGGUGAAUGUUUCAAAAUGGCUUGGGAGACGGAAAUACAGUAUUCCGAAGGUAUAUGUGGCUCCUCUCCAUAUAUCGCUCCAGAAGAGUUUACGCAAGAGCUAUUCGAUCCCCGAUGUGUGGACGUUUGGGCGUGUGGUGUAAUUUAUAUGGCGAUGAGAACUGGGAGACAGCUAUGGAAAUUGGCGGACCCUACCAAAGAUGAAUUCUUUGAGGAGUAUUUAGUGAAAAGAAAGGAAGCUACAGGCUACGAGCCAAUUGAAAGUUUGAAAAGAGCCAGAUGUCGGAACGUCAUUUAUUCCAUAUUGGACCCCAAACCAGAGAGAAGAAUUACUAGCAAGCAGAUAUUGAACAGUGAAUGGGGUCGAGAAAUUCGAGUAUGUGCUGCUGGUGAAGGAAAAAGUAGCACAUCAGGACUAGCAAGCACCAUAGUCGAAUAA